CUCGACAAAUUACCACAAUCUCCCCUACCCACUACCCUUAACCGCUUCGGAUUCCUACUGACAUGUUCGCGCGAGUAUUUACCAUACCUACGCAGGUAACUGCUGCAUUUCCACUUAGAAUCACUAUUCAAGACCAGAAGUUUAAUUUGAAACAAAAUAAAAUUGAUGUCAAAAACAACACUGUCGAUGAUAUAAUACUGCCAGAUUAUGCUAAAAUGGCCCAAAUAUUCUAUUGUUCAUUGUAAUGUGAAAAAACAUCAAUAUAUUGUACGCUUGUUGCAAAAAACAUUGAAUAAAAAACUUGAUCUAAAAUGCCACCACACUGUUGAUAAUACAAACAAUCAUAUUUUAAUUGUAUCAAGUACACAUGAUUUGUCAGCUAAACACUUCUUACAUCGUCCUAGACCUUAUU